UCUUUGAGCAAAGAAAAUGGAGUUCGCUCUCAAGUCUAUUUUCUUAUAUUUUCUCGGGAAACCACCUUCUGGAUUAUUAUUUUUAUAGUCACCAUUGUUAAUUUUCUUUCAUAUUGCAUUACAUUAUUGUUUCAUCAAACCUUUUUAUAGCAAACUAAAUCAUCAUGCGUAUAUGAUUUACUGUAUAUAGAUGUACGAUUCUUGAAAUUACGAAAAUGACAUUUUACUUUUCACUGUAUUCUGUUACAGAAUUGUUUUUGGGUAUUCGACCUUUCGUCCAUACCAGAAAGAGAUUAUUCAGAAAAUUUUAGAGGGAAAAGAUUGUUUGGUAGUUAUGGCCUCUGGAAGUGCUCUAUACCAAUCUUUUGGAAGAAAGAAUGAAGCUUGCAAGAGCCACCGGAACUGCUCCAUAUGCUAUAUGUGGAUGUGGUUAUCAAACAUUGAAAAGGAUGGCACUGACAACGAGGCUAGCGAAUGUUGAUGGUGUUAACCAGCACUUUUUAAAAAUGCGCGGGGAUCAUUUUCUUCAAAGUAUUCGACAUCUGUCACAAAGCAUAAACUUAUUUUUGGAUGUGGACGAUGUACACAACGGUAUUUCAAAAAAGGUAGCUUUGAAAAUGUGGCAUGGGGAUGGUCUCUCUGUUCAGAAAAUUGCUGCAAGUCUUGAUUUCCCUGGUAAAUCACAUCCAAGAAAAGAACAAACUGUCGUUGAGUAUAUUCUCGAUGCUGCAAAAGAGGGAUGUAGAAUUGAUUGGACCAGAUUCUGUGAGGAGAUUGGACUGACCCGUGAGCUGUCUACAGAUAUUCAGGGUGCAAUUUUGAAAGUUGGGUCAAGAGACAGAUUGAAGCCUAUUAAAAAUGAAUUACCAAAAGAGAUAAGUUAUGCCCAAAUAAGGGCAUAUUUGGCAAUGCAAGAUUUGGGGAUAUCUGCAGAAGGAACCGAGACAAAUGUAAACAACGCUAUUAAAAAAAAGGUGUAUCCGGUUCCAAACCAUAAAGAAGAAUUAGCUUCUGUCAGGUCUAAAGCCUUGAAAAUGUGGCAUGGGGAUGGUGUGUCAGUUCAGAAAAUUGCUGCAAGUCUUGAUUUCCCUGGUAAAUCACAUCCAAGUAAAGGACAAACUGUCUUUGAGUAUAUUCUCAAUGCUGCAAAAGAGGGAUGUAGAAUUGAUUGGACCAGAUUCUGUGAGGAGAUUGGACUGACCCGUGAGCUGUCUACAGAUAUUCAUGGUGCCAUUUUGAAAGUUGGCUCAAGAGACAGAUUGAGGCCAAUUAAAGACGAAUUACCAAAAGAGAUAAGUUAUGCCCAAAUAAAGGCAUAUUUGACAAUGCAAGAUUUAGGGAUAUCUGCAGAAGGAACUGAUACGAAUGAAAACAACGCUAGUACAAAAAAUGUGUAUCCGGUUCCAAACCUUAAAGAAGAAUUAGCAGCUGUCAGGUUUAAAUCUUUGAAAAUGUGGCAUGGGGAUGGUCUCUCUGUUCAGAAAAUUGCUGCAAGUCUUGAUUUCCCUGGUAAAUCACAUCCAAGAAAAGAACAAACUGUCGCUGAGUAUAUUCUCGAUGCUGCAAAAGAGGGAUGUAGAAUUGAUUGGACCAGAUUCUGUGAGGAGAUUGGACUGACCUGUGAGCUGUCUACAGAUAUUCAGGGUGCCAUUUUGAAAGUUGGCUCAAGAGACAGAUUGAAGCCUAUUAAAAACGAAUUACCAAAAGAGAUUAGUUAUGCCCAAAUAAGGGCAUAUUUGACAAUGCAAGAUUUGGGGAUAUCUUCAGAAGGAACUGAGACAAAUGUAAACAACGCUAUUACAAAAAAGGAGUAUCUGGUUCCAAACCAUAAAGAAGGAUUAGCGGCUGUCAGGUUUAAAGCUUUGAAAAUGUGGCAUGGGGAUUGUGUCUCUGUUCAGAAAAUUGCUGCAAGUCUUGAGUUCCCUGGUAAAUCACAUCCAAGAAAAGAACAAACUGUCGCUGAGUAUAUUCUCGAUGCUGCAAAAGAGGGAUGUAGAAUUGAUUGGACCAGAUUCUGUGAGGAAAUUGGACUGACCCGUGAGCUGUCUGCAGAUAUUCAGGGUGCCAUUUUGAAAGUUGGCUCAAGAGACAGAUUGAAGCCUAUUAAAGACGAAUUACCAAAAGAGAUAAGUUAUGCCCAAAUAAGGGCAUAUUUGACAAUGCAAGAUUUGGGGAUAUCUUCAGAAGGAACCGAGACAAAUGAAAACAACGCUAUUACAAAAAAGGAGUAUCUGGUUCCAAACCAUAAAGAAGGAUUAGCAGCUGUCAGGUUUAAAGCUUUGAAAAUGUGGCAUGGGGAUGGUGUCUCUGUUCAGAAAAUUGCUGCAAGUCUUGAUUUCCCUAGUAAAUCACAUCCAAUAAAAGAAAAAAUUGUCGUUGAUUAUAUUGUCGAUGCUGCAAAAGAGGGAUGUAGAAUUGAUUGGACCAGAUUCUGCGAGGAAAUUGGAAUGACCUGUGAGCUGUCCACUGAUAUUCAGGGUGCCAUUUUGAAAGUUGGCUCAAGAGACAGAUUAAAGCCUAUUAAAGACGAAAUACCAAAAGAGAUAAGUUAUGCCCAAAUAAGGGCAUAUUUGACAAUGCAAGAUUUAGGGAUAUCUGCUGAAGGAACUGAUACGAAUGAAAACAAUGCUAGUACAAAAAAUGUGUAUCCGGUUCCAAACCUUAAAGAAGAAUUAGCAGCUGUCAGGAUUAAAGCUUUGAAAAUGUGGCAUGGGGAUGGUGUCUCUGUUCAGAAAAUUGCUGCAAGUCUUGAUUUCCCUGGUGAAUCACAUCCUAGAAAAGAACAAACUGUCGUCGACUAUAUUCUCGAUGCAGCUAAAGAGGGAUGUAAAAUUGAUUGGACCAGAUUCUGUGAGGAGAUUGGACUGACCCGUGAGCUGUGUAUUGAUAUUCAGGGUGCCAUUUUGGAAGUUGGUUCAAGUGACGUAUUGGAGCCUAUUAAAAACGAAUUACCGGAAGAUAUAAGUUAUGACCAAAUAAAGGCAUAUUUGACAAUGCAAGAUUUAGGGAUAUCUGCAGAAGGAACUGAGACAAAUGUACACAAUGCUAUUACGAAAAAUGUGUAUCAGGUUCCACACCAUAAAGAAGAAUUAGCAGUUGUCAGGUUUAAAGCUUUGAAAAUGUGGGUUGGGGAUGGUCUCUCUGUUCAGAAAAUUGCUGCAAGUUUUGAUUUACCUGGUGAAUCACAUCCAAGAAAAGAACAAACUGUCGUCGAGUAUAUUCUCGAUGCUGCAAAAGAGGGAUGGAGAAUAGAUUGGACCAGAUUCUGCGAGGAGAUUGGACUGACCCGUGAGCUGUCUGCAGAUAUUCAGGGUGCCAUUUUGGAAGUUGGCUCAAGAGACAUAUUGGAGCCUAUUAAAAACAAAUUACCAGAAGAGAUAAGUUAUGCCCAAAUAAAGGCAUAUUUGACAAUGCAAGAUUUAAGGAUAUCUGCAGAAGGAACUCCACCCAGUCACCAAACUCAAGGCUGAUGAACAUUCUAAUGACACAUGAACGAAUCACGAAAAGGUUGAUGGACCAGGAGGUAGUUCUGUUGCACUGGAGGCUACGGGAGAGAUACUGUAUUAAACUGGCUUAGGAACUUUGAUGAGGGGGUUCCUCCAUUUGAUAUUUUGGAGCACUUCAAGGGAUCUACAGAAGAGACUGGUUGAUCUGCGGAGCUGCCUUGAAAGUGAUUUUUUGGUAUUGAAGAAAAAUAGUAUGUAUAAACUAAUGUAAUAUGGUUAUGCAUGGGUGAGGUACAAGUGUUUCUUGUGCAGGUAAUAGUUGAUAGAAUGUAUCCGUCUGUUACUUAAUUGUUAAAGGAUGAAAUAACAAUGCAACCUGAUCCAAAUUGACAAAAUUUGGUACUGAAGUGUAGAAUCUUUCCUCAUUAAAAUAAGUAAUUGUUGGUUGAUACUUGGUACA